UCUCCCUUAAAUGGCCGCUCUUUCUGCUUACACGAAUUAUCACGUGAAAAGAUGAGGAGAGAAUUUGACGAUAUACUCGCUGGCGACAAGCAGAAAUGGUACCAAGAAUACCAGAAAACAGAACAACCUUGCAAACAUUCCGUGUCGGAAGUCGACGUGUUGCGUCUGAAAGAUGAGGGAAAAAGAUAUCUGGAGGCGGAGACCGCGGCUUUUCAGUCGAAACACUCCAGGUCGCUUAACUCGGAGAUGAAGUGGCUGAGGACGGCGUUGCAGCAAGGUACUACCUCGGAUAAAAUAGCAGCCAGCAUAGUCUUGGUGCAGGAUAAUCCAAAGUAUACCUUGGCUCGCCUGGUGUCUCUGGUGUCCCAAGUGCGAGGAGCGAAGCACAACCAGUGCGGCAUGGUCAUUAUGUCUCUGAAGGAGCUCUUCCUGACUGAUCUGUUACAUCCCAAAUUUAGGUUGUUGAAGUUGGAAGAACAGGACCUAGAUAAGCUCGAUAAAGGAAACGAAUCAGACUCCAUCGUCAAGACGAAUGCCUCCAGAAAUAGGCUGCUGGCGCAUUGGUACUUUGAGGAUCAGCUUCGCCAGCAAUACGAGUCCUUUGUAUUGAAUUUGUCUAUGGUAGCUUCCGACACAGUAGACACAAAUCGUGAGAAAGCUAUAUCCGCGAUGACAGAUCUGUUGAUAGGCAAUGCUGAGCAGGAACACAAGUUGUUAGAGCUGCUUGUGAAUAAAAUUGGCGAUCCACAGAGCAAAGUUGCAUCUAAGGCUGUAUUUUGCAUCAAUAAGUUAUUGUACGAGCAUCCAAAUAUGAAACUUGUAAUUCUGCGUGAAAUUGAAAAAUUGCUGUUUAGGAAAAAUGUGGGCCAGCGUACUCAAUAUUACGCUAUAUGUCUGCUGACGCAAUUUGCUCUGGAUAAGAAUAACGAUGUAAUAGCUGCUACGUUGAUAGAAGUGUAUUUUGCAUUUUUUAAAGCAUGUUUGAAGAAAGGAGAACCUGAUAGUAGGAUGAUGGCAGCGAUUCUAAUGGGUGUUAAUAGAGCGUAUCCUUUUGCCAAAAUAGACUCGAAAAUAUUAAACGAGCACAUCGAUUCUGUCUAUAAAGUAGUACAUCUUGGAUCCUUUAAUGUUUCUCUAAAUGCACUUAAUUUACUGCAUCAAAUUAUAGGCAAGGACGAAUCACAGGCAAACAGAUUUUAUUCAGCCUUUUAUAGAAAGUUAUUUGAUCGACAGAUAGGAAUAGCAAACAAACGUGCGAUAUUCCUGAAUUUGUUGUAUCGAGUUCUUCGGAAAGAUCAAAGCAUAAUACGUUUACAUGCUUUCAUUAAAAGAAUCUUGCAAAUUACAUUCUACUUUUCUGCAAAUAUGGCAUGCGCUAUUCUGUAUAUCGUUUCAAAAAUUCUUCAACGCAAGGAUCUAAAACAUCUGUUGCUCGAGCCACAAAAAUCUGUUAAAAUCGAAAACGACGUAUGCGAGUUGAACGAUAGUCCAUCCGAUGUAGAGGAGGUUUGUAUAGUAGAAAAAUCGAAAAAGGAAAACUCCAUUGUGUUAUCAAAUGUUACGAUUGGCGCGGACGACACAUCAGAAACGAGGCCUGAUAUAAAGGAAGAGCCGGACAUAAAAGUUGACAUGGAAAAUAUGAAGGCAUACGAUCCUUUCUGUCGUAAUCCUCUUUAUGCGGGAGCAAUUACAGGAUUUAACACUGAACUCCAAGCAUUGUCCAGACAUUUUCAUCCGAGUGUCGCUUUAUUCGCAAAUCAAAUUCUUCAAGGAGAACUGAUUACGUACACGGGCGAUCCGCUGGAGGAUCUGACAUUGAUUCGAUUCUUGGAUCGAUACGUCUUUAAAAAUCCGAAGAAGCUGGAUGACAAAAGGGUGCAGAGGAAGAACGACCCCUUGGCACAACGCGCCGGAUACACACCUAAAGGGAUACGCUCUUUGCCCGUUGAUAGCAUGGCAUAUCUCAACGAAGCAGAAGAGCGAAUACCAGUGGAUGAGGUAUUUCUCUAUCGAUAUCUAAAGAGGAGAAACGAGAUGAAGCAGCGUGUCAAACGAGAAAAUGAGGAUGAUAAUGAAGACGUGGAAAGCGUUAAUAGCGAGGAAUUUAAUGAUAUGCUGGAUCAUAUGGGUAGCGGUCAAGAUUUUGACGAUUUGGAUAUUGCGGCAAAUAUCGUACCUGGGAAGAAGAAAAAAGACAAGAGAAAUAAAGAUUUUGACGAUAAUAAUGAUGAGGAUAGUGAUGAUCAGGAUGAUAUUAGCGAUAAUGAUGAUAUAUCAGAAGAUCUUAAAGACGAUAUCGCGGAUGACGAGCAAGAUUUAAGCGAUAUUGAUUUUGGAGAAAUGGAUAAUGAGGAAGAUUUGAGCGAUAUAGAAUUUAACGAUUCCGAUGAUGGAGGGAUCUUAGAUGAUGAACUAAUUUCUGGUUUAAAUAAAAAAUUGAUGAAAAAUUCGAUGAGCAAAGGGAAGAAAAAGGGAAGAGGAAUUGACAGUGAUAUAUUCAUGUCGGCAGAGAAAUUCGCCGAGAUGCUGGAAGAGCAAAGCAGAACCAAAGGAAAGCACGGUGGUAGUAAUACUUUUAACAGCAGCGACGGUGCUAGCGUCAAACAAAUAGAUUGGGAAACAAAACGGCAUCAACGAUUAAAAGGAUCAUUUAGUAAGAAUAAGCGAAAAGCUGCCCAAUUUAAUAAUAAACAGGCUAAAAAAUCCAAAAGAUAAAUAUAUAAUAAACACGUUUUAUAGAGAUAAUUUCGUUUACAUUCGUUUACAAUAAACCUCUUUUUUCCGA